AUGGCCGGCGGCGCGGUUGUGAACACCGGCGGGGGGAAGGACUACCCCGGCAAGCUCACCAUGUUCGUGCUCUUCGCCUGCAUCGUCGCCGCCACCGGCGGCCUCAUCUUCGGAUACGACAUAGGCAUCUCCGGUGGCGUGACCUCGAUGAACCCCUUCCUGAUGAAGUUCUUCCCGGGCGUGUACCACCAGGAGCAGGAGGCGGAGCGGAACCAGAGCAACCAGUACUGCAAGUUCGACAGCCAGCUGCUCACCAUGUUCACCUCCUCGCUCUACCUCGCCGCGCUCGUCGCCUCCUUCUUCGCCGCCACCGUCACCCGCGUCGCCGGCCGCAAGUGGUCCAUGUUCGCCGGCGGGGUCACCUUCCUCGUCGGCGCCGCGCUCAACGGCGCCGCCAAGAACGUCCUCAUGCUCAUCCUCGGACGCGUCCUGCUCGGCAUCGGGGUCGGCUUCGCCAACCAGUCGGUGCCGGUGUACCUGUCGGAGAUGGCGCCGGCGAGGCUGCGGGGGAUGCUCAACAUCGGGUUCCAGCUGAUGGUCACCAUCGGCAUCCUGUGCGCGAACCUGAUCAACUACGGGACGGCCAAGAUCAAGGGCGGGUGGGGCUGGCGCGUGAGCCUCGCGCUGGCCGCGGUGCCCGCCGGAAUCAUCGCCAUCGGCGCGCUCUUCCUCCCCGACACCCCCAACUCCCUCAUCGACCGCGGCUACACCGAGGACGCCAAGAAGAUGCUCCGGCGCGUGCGCGGCACGGACGACGUGGAGGAGGAGUACAGCGACCUGGUGGCCGCUAGCGAGGAGUCCAAGCUGGUGAGCCACCCGUGGCGCAACAUCCUCCAGCGCCGCUACCGGCCGCAGCUCACCUUCGCGAUCGCCAUACCCUUCUUCCAGCAGCUCACGGGCAUCAACGUGAUCAUGUUCUACGCGCCCGUGCUGUUCAAGACGCUGGGGUUCGCGGACGACGCGUCCCUCAUGUCCGCCGUCAUCACCGGCCUCGUCAACGUCUUCGCCACCUUCGUGUCCAUCGUGACCGUGGACCGGCUGGGCCGGCGCAAGCUGUUCCUGCAGGGCGGCACCCAGAUGCUGGCCUGCCAGAUCGUGGUGGGCAGCCUGAUCGGCGCCAAGUUCGGGUUCACCGGCGUGGCCGACAUCCCCAAGGGGUACGCGGCGUUCGUGGUGCUCUUCAUCUGCGCGUACGUGGCCGGGUUCGCGUGGUCCUGGGGCCCGCUGGGGUGGCUCGUCCCCAGCGAGAUCUUCCCGCUGGAGAUCAGGUCGGCGGGGCAGAGCAUCACGGUGUCGAUGAACAUGCUGUGCACCUUCAUCAUCGCGCAGGCGUUCCUCCCCAUGCUCUGCCGCUUCAAGUUCAUGCUCUUCUUCUUCUUCGGCGCGUGGGUGGUGGUCAUGACCCUCUUCGUCGCCUUCUUCCUGCCGGAGACCAAGAACGUGCCCAUCGAGGAGAUGGUGCUCGUGUGGAAGGCGCACUGGUACUGGGGCCGCUUCAUCCGCGACGAGGACGUGCACGUCGGCGGCGCCGACGUCGAGAUGCGCUCCAACGGCAAGCUCCAGGCUGCCAAGCUCCCGUGA